AUAGAAUUAAAUUACGGUAUUGAAACUUGCAUAAAGACUUGAAGGCUACGAACUUGGAGUUAUUUAAGUGGAGAAUUGAUACGCAAUUUAAUAGAAAGAGCGCAUGCGUAUUUUUACGAAAUUGUUAAAACGCCUUCGUCGCUAUAGCAACGCCUUCGCAACUCUGUUCGCCAUCUGGCAGUUGAAGCGAUAACUACAACCGAGUCGCAGACGAUAAUUGUAAACCGAUGUCGGAAAAAGAAGUUAACGGUCGAUUAAUUUUUUAUUUUUUUUCUUCUCGUUAACAUGAUUCGAUACCCGUUAUAUCUAUAAAAUAUUUAUAUAAAUCGGUUAAUCGAAAGAGAAGGUCGAUACGCAUUAAAGGAGCUCGUGACUCGAUUCUCCAGAUUUCAAAACCUGAAAAUGUUUCUACGUUAAAAAAAAAAGAAAUUCAUGUCGAAAGUAUGAACCAGAAUAUUGUAGGAGAUAGUACUACUUACUCAUCUGAUAAUCAUGCAAAUAAAAUGGUUGUUGAUGGAAAUAAUUUAUUGAAUGAAACAGAAAUUAUCAAAGAUAGGGGUAGAGAAAAAAUUCAACAUAAAGAAUCAUACGGAGAGACAGCAAAAAUAAAUGAAUUUAUGGAUAUAUUACCUGAUAACUAUACAACUGAGACUGUUGAUUUUCCAGAGAGCCCUAAAUAUAGAAAAUUUGCUAAAAACUCCCAAUCAUCUCAGGAACAAAUAAAUGAGAAAGAAAUGGAUAAUUUAUCAAGAGAUUUUCAGACGGAGAAUGAUCAGAAUCCUAAACAAAGUAAGCUACGACACAUUCCGUUUUCAACAGAUGGACAAUCAUUUCAUGAUUCAUUUUCCUCUGACAAAGAGGAAUAUUUUGAAGAUGAUUUGGUCACUGGAAAGUUAGAUACUGCAUAUUCAAUCAGUGAUGAAGACUUGUCCAUUGAUGAUGAUGAUGAUGAUGACGAUGAACAUUGUGUUAAUCAGAUAAAUUCAAUAAUAGAACAUAGAUCAAAUAUAAAUAACCAGAAUAAUUUUUCAAAUAGUUUAGAAGAUAGUUUUAUUCAAGAUUUUUCAAUAAGUAGUGAUAAUGACUCAGAAAAACAAUUCCCACAAAAUGUUCAGAAAGACAAUAAAUUAUCAAAUAACAAAUUAAAAAAUGGUGAAGGAUUCCUUUUUGAUGAAAAGGCAUCUGAGGAUGUACCAGAUACAGCAUUAGUAAAUAAAGUGAAAUCUUGUUUUGACAUGGAGAAAAUAAAAGAUAUUUAUAAUUUAAGUGGCAGAUUACAAGAUAUUCUUAGUCCAGCUGAAAUUGAAGAAAUUGUAACACGUAGUGAAAUAUAUUCAGAGUUUAUUGAUGAUGAUAUUAUUGAAAUGUUGAGGCAGGAAAAGAAUAAUUUUGAAUCAUUAGAAUACAUAAAAAAUCAACCAUUAGAAAAUAAGAAAAAACUAAUAUCUGUUUCUAGACAUGAAUUAAAUAUGGAUGUCAUUGAUGACAUAAAAAUAAGAGCUGUAUUUGAAGAUCAGAAGAGAAGUGGAAAGGAUAUUAUUGAUAGAUCCAGAUCUGCAAAAACUAAAGAUACAACACCAAGUGAUCUUACUACACCUACUUCUGGGGAUAUUAGAGCAUUUUUUGAAGAAAGUCUUGUGAAAAGUUCUACAACAUUAAAGAAAAUUUUGCCAAAUAAUGAUCAGUUAUCUGCAGACACAUCCUUAAAUGAAAAUUCUCUUGAUUUAUCAAAACAAACAUUAUUAUUAAAUGUAAAAAAUCUAGAAGCAGAUACAUUUAGAAAUAAUUCAAAACAAAAUUCUACACCUAUUUUGAAUCCUGAUGGAUCAAUAGAGAUUAAAACUGUGAAAUCAGUUUCCUCACUAAAUCAGUUGGAUAAAACAGAUAUUAAAUUUGCCAACGAGAGAAGUAAUGCAACAAAUUCUGAAGUUUUUAAUAAUCAAAAUGGUAAUGUAAUAAAUGAAAAAUCAAGAGUUAAAGGACAGAGUGAAAUGGAGAAAACAGUUAAACUGCAAGGAGAUAGCUCCAUUAAUCUUAAUUCAGUUGGAAAUUUACGGAAAAAGAAGAUAUCUGUUAACAGGGAUAUUCUAGAAUCUGAUGAACAUGAUGAUGAUCAAAAGAGUCUUUCUUCUUUAAGUAAUAAAAGUGAUGUUGAUGUCUUUUCUCCAGUUGAUGAUCUUAUUACACCAGAUGAUAUUGACACUCCUGAAGAACUUAACGAAUCUGUUUUUGAAUGUCCUGGUUCUUCUUUGAGUGAACCAAUACCUGAAUUUUCUGCUGCAGAAGAAUUGGAAGAAGAACGCAGUUGGAAGACUUGCAUAGUUGGUGGAGUAAAAAGAAACAUCGAUAUGAAAGUUAUUGAACCAUACAAGAAAGUUCUUUCUCAUGGAGGUUAUUUUGGAUCAACGAGAAAUGCUAUAAUUGUAUUCAGUGCUUGCUAUCUUCCUGAUAGAAGUAGGAGAGAUUAUGAUUAUGUCAUGGAUAAUCUAUUUCUAUAUGUGCUUGUCACCCUUGAUCAGUUAGUAGCAGAAGAUUAUGUUUUAAUAUAUUUACAUGGUGCCACUCAAAGAAGCAAUAUGCCAAGUUUUGGCUGGUUAAAGAGAUGCUAUCAAAUGAUAGAUAGGAGAUUACGAAAAAACUUGAAAGGCUUAUACCUAGUACACCCAACAUUCUGGCUGAAAACCAUUGUUAUCAUGACCAGGCCAUUUGUCAGCACAAAAUUUAGUCGUAAGCUUCAGUUUGUAAGCACACUACAAGAAUUAUCUAAUUUGAUUCCAAUGGACCACAUUUGCAUUCCAGAUAAAGUUAAACAAUUUGAUGUGGAAAAUAUCCUUCUAGAAGCUUAGAUUUAGAAGAUAGUAAUUGUAGAAAGGAUAGAAUUCCAAUGUAUUAUUAAGAUGAAAAAGAAGUCCAUGAAAAACAGUUCAAAGUUACAGAGCACUACUUGGUGAUUCAAAUUUUUGGCCUUAAGCAGACAACCAAAAGGCAGGUUUGCAUGUUCAUCACUGUCUAUAAAUGGGAGAAAGUUGUACCAGUUAUGUGCCAAAUGCACACAAAAUGAUAAUCUAUAGUCAAAACCCACAUGGAAGAUGAUCAAACAAAAAAACUUUCUGCAACUGUAUAAAAUGUAACUAGAUAACCUUUGCAUAUAUAAUUAAUUUGUGAUAAUAAGGAAAUGUAUAUUAUAUAAAUAUUACAUAUCUAUAGAAUAGAAUCUCAAUUUUUUAUAUAAAAUAAUAAUUUAAUCAAAUUGUCUGCUGCACUUGUAGAAUGUGUAGACACAUGUAGUUUGCACUUUAGUGCAGUAGAUUUGAGUAAGGAGGAGAAAGUACAAAAAUCUUGUUUUAAAAACUAAUUUAACAAAAAAAAAGCCUCUCAAAGUACUUAAUAUACUAUACUGUAACAAGUUAUUAACAAACUAAUAAUUAUCAUAUUUUGUUUUCUGAACUCUAAUAAUUUUAUUUCAGUACUAAAGGAACAAUUAUAUUUCAGAUUUGGUAGGCAAUUUUUUUUUGUACUUACUUUUUAUAAACUGCACAUCCAAAAAAUUAAAUUUUAACAAAAUUUUAAUGCUGUGAUGAUGCCAGGCAUUAUCUUACAAAAAUGAAUUUAGUCAAAUUUAGCUAAAAUCAUAUGUAUAUAUGUUUUUAAAUAUUCAAAUAUGCAAUUUUUAUUUUUUUGAAUGAAUUAUUAUUUUUCCUCCAAUUUAUUCAUAACAUUCCUCUCUAGUUUUAAUGUAAAUUCUUAUUUAUGUAAAUUUAUUGUACUUUAAAAUUCAUCAUACUAGUCACGGGUAAAAAGUCAUACUUAACUUUCUUCGGCAAAUUGUCAUUUCUUGGAUGUUUUAGUCGGAUGUAAAAUAUUUGCGAGUCGAGAUUAGAUUUACGUGCCAAAAUGUAUAAUUGUAAUUUAACGUAUUUGAGUUAUUCAAAAGAGUAGAUUUAAAAUUUUUCUGUAUCUGGUGCCAAUCAAUAUGUUACAAAGAGUGAGAAAUUACAUUUUGUGAAUUUCGCAACUGAACAUUUUUUUUAUAUCAUUAAAUAUAACUUAUUUUGUACAAAUGUUGAUUCUUUUUUAAGUCAGAUUUAUAAUGAUUUAAUAAAUAUGUAUAUCAAUA